GCGGUCCUCUUGCGCUCGCGUCGAUGAGCUUGGCCUAUAAUGCACAGACAAAGCUUUUCCGCUCAACACAAUCACUCGUAACUCGAAUACAGAUAUCCACAACCACUAGCGCACGCAGCAAUUCCCAUUCAUUCACAGAAGAUGAUCUUAAUUCCUCCCCGGCUUUGACACACGUGUCAGAGGUUGACCUCUCGGGACCUUCUGCUCCUUCCAAAGGGCCUAAAAUCGCAGUUCCAGCCCAGCCUCGAAGUCCUGUCGCUGCACAUAAAUCUCUGUCGCACCCCCCAAGCAUUCAAACUCCGUCUGCACUGCAAAGAGGCGUUGAAAGGCGUCAAAGAAUUUCAGAAGACAUCGCGAAGCUACUCGAUGUUAUUACCAUACGCGAGGAUUUUGCCACUAAGCUUGGGUCGGACAACCCUCUUGAUGAUUUUCUGAAUAAGACAGGCGAAAAGGAAGGAGUACGUGUCGCAGAAUUGAGUGGUAAUUCUUUGUCCUCCUCUAAGAAGAAAAAGAAAAAACUCGUCGAAAAGCGGGCAAGGCGGAAACAAUCGCUGAGGGAAAGAAAAGCAGAGGAAGCCCAGGUUCAGCCAGUAAUGACAAAAGUUGCAUCCACAAAACCUCAGUAUUCGAGGCGUACCGAAGGACUUUUGGAAAACACCUCAAAGGAGCCGGUGCUUGUAGCUCUCGAGCCUCCAACGAAACAAAAUCCCGUCGCCACCCUCGCCCAUGGUCUAGACCGAGUGCUAUUCAACCCAGGAGUAUACUGGCUUAGAGACCCGAGGACUCGUGUUUACAACUUCAAUCCUGCCAUAGAAAUAAUCCCAAAGGUAGUCGACUUUGCUUUUGAACGUUUAACUGGGUUUAUCAAAAGCUCGAGAGAUGAGGAUUUAUGGGCGCUCGCAAGGAAAGAGAACCGUCGAUUUGGGGGAUCCACAUCUUCAUUAUCUGGCAUUCUAAGUCAGAUUUACUUCAUGCUGUCGAAUAACAAAGACGUGGAUCUCAGAACAUUAAGCAUGAAAUUUGAGGGAGAGUCAACAUCCUUCACUCCGGGCCAACGGAUGGCAGCUUCCGUCGUCUUCAACCACAACGAUGGGACAUACGCUAUUGAUUCUGAACCUAACAAACAAGAAGAGGCUGAAAAGAACAUCUUGACUUGGAUGGGUACACUUCUGGAGAAGUACUUUACGAUGACCUCGGAUGAGUUCCUCGCGUAUAUGCGAACCCACGCUGAGAAGCCCGUUAUUGAGGAUGAGAAGGCAUCAGAUGGACCUGUACGUGAGGCUUACCGUUAUUCCAAGUCCAACACCUUCGUUAUGCGAUCCCAACUUGACUGCCACGAUUCACGCCUCCCUGGCUCCGGCGUAUUUGACAUCAAGACCCGUGCUUGCCUACCUAUUCGAAUGGACAUUCUGAAUUUCGAGGAGAGCUCGGGUUAUUUGAUUGAUAAAAGUUUUGGAUUGACCGGAAGCUUUGAGAGGGAAUAUUAUGAUCUCGUCAGAUCGGGAUUUCUAAAGUAUAGCUUCCAAGCCCGGAUAGGAAAUAUGGACGGAGUGUUUGUUGCAUACCACAACACCGAGCGGAUAUUUGGUUUCCAAUACGUUCCUUUGGAGGAGAUGGACCAACGGCUAUUUGGUGGCCAGAGGGGUACUGGUAAUGUCGUUUUCAAGAAAUGCGUGGAGAUGAUGGAAAUUGUGGCGGAAGAGAUCGUUGGUUGUUUCCCUGGACAGUCUGUCAAAUGUACAUUCGAGACAGAGGAGCGAGCAACCGACAUGCAUGUCUGGGUGGAACCCGUCGAGAAAAGCGAAGGGGGGGAGACACCGGUUAAAGAGCUCGUUGUUACUGCGACAAGUUUUUUGGGUGAUGAAAUGGUGGAAGGAGACUUGGCUGUCAAGCUUGCCGUUGACAAGUCUUGGACAGUUCACUGGACAGUCACCCAUCUAGACUUGCCCGAGGAAACCAUACGCUCUCGGUUACAAAAAGCCAAAGAUAGGCAGUUCCGUGCUUACAGUUUACCUUCUGGGAUCGACCAUUCAAAGAUUCGGGAAUGGUGGAACAAGCUGAACUUUGGAGGGAAGGAAAAUGUAGAGUCCGAAGUACUGUCGGAGAUUCCGCACUUUUUCUCUACUCACUUCCAAGAACCCGAUCGUCGAAUUGUCGAGCUACGUGAGUUAGCGAGGAAAGGAAGACGCCAGACUCAGUGGUUGGCCGAAAGCGGAAAAGGGAAACCGAAGGUUGUUUAUGGUGUUGGCGAGGUGUAUGUGGAUGAGGACACUGUUUUGAAGGAGUUAAAAGAGGACAAGGACGUCUACACUCAGGUUUUGUCUAUUCAGAAGGAAUCGGAAGAAGAUGACCAGAAUGCCAGUGCUAAGGCUCCCUCUAUGGACAAGGAUUCGGAAGAAAGCCCAGAUUGCUAGUCCGCUGCGGAGAAGGAUCCAUGACUGAAUGACCCGUCACUCGUUACAAACCUACUCGCUAAUUUACGUUUGGUGUUAGUAAUUCUGUAUAUGUAUCCAUAGUCGUAGUAAUUCACGUAUCGCCUGGAAUCGCUGUGUACCUGAGGC